CGGCGGAGUAAAGAGGUGGGCGGUGGAGCAGAACCGCUGUGCUGGGGUGGUGGGCACCGAGGUGAGAGUCCCGGGCUCGGGAGGCGUCGCCGUGGCUCCGAAAAGGACAGGGAGUGAAACUAUGUAGCCUUUUAAGAGACUCUCUGCCCCAUCUGAAGUCCAUAUGGCUCUGUAUGAUGAAGAUCUCCUGAAAAAUCCUUUCUAUUUGGCUCUUCAAAAGUGGCGUCCUGACUUAUGCAACAAGGUGGCCCAAACCCAUGGCAUUGUCCUGGUACCCUGCAAAGGAAGCUUGCCAAGCAGCAUACAGUCCACUUGUCAGUUUGAGUCCUAUGUUUUGAUACCCAUGGAAGAACACUUUCAGACCUUAAAUGGAAAGGAUGUCUUUAUACAAGGAAACAGGAUUAAAUUAGGAGCUGGUUUCGCCUGUCUUCUCUCAGUGCCCAUUCUCUUUGAAGAAACUUUCUACAAUGAGAAAGAAGAAAGUUUCAGCAUACUUUGUAUAGCCCAUCCUUUGGAAAAGAGAGAGAGUUCAGAAGAGCCUUCAACAUCUUCAGAUCCCUUUACCCUGAAAACCAUUGAAGAUGUGAGGGAGUUUUUGGGACGACACACGGAGAGAUUUGACAGGAGCAUUGCUUCUUUCCAGCGAACAUUCAGGGAAUGUGAAAGAAAGAGCCUCCGUCAACACAUAGACUCGGUGAAUGCUCUCUACAUCAAAUGCCUCCAGCAGCUUCUGAGGGACUCUCACCUGAAAAUGCUUGCCAAGCAGGAGGCCCAGAUGAACCUGCUGAAGCAGGCAGUGGAGAUGUACGUCCAGCACGAUAUUUAUGAUCUGAUCUUUAAAUACGUGGGGACCAUGGAGGCAAGCGAGGAUGCUGCCUUCAACAAAAUCACAAGAAGCCUUCAGGAUCUUCAGCAGAAGGACAUUGGCGUGAAACCUGAGUGCAGCUUCAACAUACCUCGUGCAAAGAGAGAGCUGGCUCAGCUGAACAAGUGCACCUCCCCACAGCAGAAGUUGAUUUGUUUGCGAAAGGUGGUGCAGCUAAUAACCCAGUCUCCCAGCCAGAGAGUUAACUUGGAGACCAUCUGUGCUGAUGAUCUGCUAUCGGUCCUGCUGUAUUUGCUUGUGAAAACAGAGAUCCCUAAUUGGAUGGCAAAUUUGAGUUAUAUCAAAAACUUCAGAUUUAGCAGCUCAGCAAAAGAUGAAUUGGGAUACUGCCUGACCUCGAUUGAGGCUGCGGUCGAAUAUAUUCGGCAAGGAAGCCUCUCCGUUAAGCCGCCCGAGUCGGAGGGAUUUGGUGACCGACUGUUCCUGAAGCAGAGAAUGAGCCUCCUGUCUCAGAUGACUUCAACUCCCAUUGAUUGUCUGUUUAAGCACAUUGCGUCCGGGAACCAGAAAGAAGUGGAGAGACUUCUGAGCCAAGAUGACCAAGAUAAAGAUGCCGUCCAAAGGAUGUGUCACCCUCUGUGUUUCUGUGAGAACUGUGAGAAACUUGUCUCUGGGAGGCUGAACGAUCCCUCCAUUGUUACUCCAUUUUCCAGAGAUGACAGGGGUUACACACCGCUCCAUGUGGCCGCCCUCUGUGGGCAGGCAUCCCUCAUCGACCUCCUGGUUUCCAGGGGCGCGGUGGUAAACGCCACGGACUAUCACGGGUCAGCCCCACUGCAUCUCGCCUGCCAGAAGGGCUAUCAGAGCGUCACGUUGCUGUUACUGCACUACAGAGCCAGCCCCGAGGUGCGGGACAGCCACGGCAGCACGCCUCUCCACCUGGCCUGCACCUAUGGUCACGAAGACUGUGUGAAGGCUCUGGUCUACUAUGACGUGCAGUCAUGCAGACUAGAUAUUUGUAACGAGAAAGGAGACACCCCACUACACAUAGCUGCACGUUGGGGCUACCAAGGCAUCAUAGAGACAUUGCUACAAAAUGGAGCCUCCACAGAGAUCCAGAACAGACUGAAAGAAACACCCCUCAAGUGUGCACUAAACUCAAAGAUUCUGUCAAUAAUGGAGGCCUAUCAUCUGCCCUUGGAAAGGAGGAGGAAGUCUUCAGAGGUCCCAGUGCAGCCCCCUCAGCGCCCCGUGGACUCCAUCAGCCAGGCCUCCUCCACCUCCAGCUUCUCCUCUGUGUUGGUGAGCUCCAGACGGGAGGAGCCCAAGAAGGACUACAGAGAGGUAGAAAAACUUUUAAGAGCGGUUGCCGAUGGAGAUCUAGAAAUGGUGCGUUACCUUCUGGAGUGGACGGAGGAGGACCUGGAUGAAUUGGAGGAUGCUGUCAGCAUAGGCGAUGUUGAAUUUUGUCACCCCUUGUGCCAGUGCCCGAAAUGUGCUCCAGCUCAAAAGAAGCUGGCAAAGAUUCCUGCCAGUGGACUUGGUGUGAAUGUGACCAACCAGGACGGCUCCUCCCCAUUGCAUGUUGCUGCUCUGCAUGGGCGGGCGGACCUUGUCCCUCUCCUUUUGAAACAUGGUGCCAGUGUGGGUGCCAGAAACGUAAACCAAGCUGUCCCGCUCCACCUGGCCUGCCAGAAGGGCCACUUCCAGGUGGUGAGGUGUCUAUUGGAUUCUAAUGCAAAACCCAAUAAAAAGGAUCUAAGUGGAAACACACCCCUCAUUUACGCCUGUUCCAAUGGCCACCAUGAAGUCGCGGCACUGCUGUUACAGCACGGGGCCUCCAUUAACCUCUCUAACAAUAAGGGUAACACAGCACUGCACGAGGCGGUGAUAGAAAAGCAUGUCUUCGUGGUGGAGCUGCUUCUGCUUCAUGGGGCAUCAGUUCAGGUCUUGAACAAGAGACAGUGCACCGCAGUAGACUGUGCUGAACAGAAUUCAAAAAUAAUGGAAUUACUUCAGGUAGUACCGAGCUGUGUGGCCUCAGUAGAGGAUGUUGGCGAAACAGACCACAAGGAGUACGUUACUGUUAAGAUCAGGAAAAAAUGGAACUCAAAAAUGUACGAUCUACCAGAUGAACCUUUCACCAGACAGUUCUACUUUGUCCACUCAGGUGGUCAGUUUAAGGGAAGGACUUCAAGGGAGAUUAUGGCAAGAGAUAGCAGUGUCCCUAAUUUUACUGAAGACUCUUUGCAUGAGCCAGGGAGGCAAAGACUCACAGGGAAACAGAACCACCUGCCAGACCAGAGCAGAUCUGAGAGUGCUGACAGAGGGCACGGCAAUCAGCCCGAGGGGCCUGGACCAAAACAAAGUGUUCCUGCAAACAGGCGGAUGCUGCGCAGACACACGGUCGAGGACACAGUCGUAUCCCAGAACCCAGGGACUGCCGGCCACCUAGCCACUUCCCCAGAGGCUGAUGUCACGUCCCAGUCUUAGUGGCAAUAAGCAGUUGUUACAUUGGCUGCCAAGAAGUGAGUCCUUGGCAGGGAGGUGCCAAGCAGAAACACAGCUGAGAACUGAAAUGUACUUUCUGUUGGAUUUGCAAGAAAAGCAGAAAGUUCCUGAAAGCUGUUCUGUGGCUGAGGGAAGGAAUGCGACCAAGAAAACGAUCACCAUCUCUUUUCUCUCCAAAGCUGGUGCGUGCGCUGGAAAAGGAGUGCACACCGACUCCAGCAGUGUCCAGAUUCUUAAGAGCAGGCGUAUGUUUCUUCUGAAGUGGCAGGAGCUCCCUGGCUCCCGUGCGAGGUUUCACGACCAGAUUCUGACCUCCUCCUAACGAAAGGUGCUAACCUCCGUGAUGUGGACAAACGAGCAAACCGCAGGCCAAAAGAAUUCCUCCAUCUGGGAUCAGCUGAAGAGAAGCAAUUUAGGUUUCAUGGUACCAUGGAGGCCAGGCAGAAGCGACACAUGGGAAUGAGGAAAAGAGGACUGGAAAAUGUUCCUUUGCAAAGCAGCACUUGAACCCAAAGAUGCCUACAUGCCGUUGUGAUGUUCAUUUUAAUGAAAAGGACAUUUAGGACCUAUUCUACACUAUGUAUGUGGGAAAAGUUGGGUGUAAUUUUUCUUCCAACCAAGUACAGAUAUUUGAUCGCUGCACCUGUAUCAGUCUCUUGAGACACAUCCCCUUCCGUUAAAAACCUCCCUUAGAUGUCACACCUGACUGAUGGUUACUGAACAAGAGAGAUUUGGCACAUCUUUUCUUAGUCUUUUGAUUCAGAUUCAAAACUUACAGCACAAACCAGGUGAGAGUUACUUUCAGUUAGAAUUUAUUGCCAUUUAUUCCUUUUUAUAAAUUUCUAUAGAUUAUACUCUUAUUUUUUUAUGUUACUAAUUGGUCUACAGCCGCAAACAUGGGUUUGUCCUGAGUACAUUUUCAAGUAACUUUGUAAUACAGAAAUGGUUUUGUGCAUGUUCUUGGGAAUACUUGUGUAUGUAUAGAAGGGAGGGGCUGAUUAUUUUUCUACAAAGUAAUUUAUGAUUUCUAAUUUUCUAAUGUGCCUUGGAUAUGUGCCAAAUGAUGGGAAAGAAACAGUAAACUUUAUGAUUCUUGAGCGUGUCAUGGUACACUUUUUUAGUUAAUGUCUUGUUCUGGAGAGAGAGGUAUUUCGCAGCCUGUCUGCUAUAAACAUGUGCUCUGUGUAUGGAAAGAUCUCCCAUUGGAUGGAUAUACAUUUUUCAGUUCCUGAUGUCACUGAAAUAUGUAAACUGGAUCAUUCAGAGCAGACCAUUAUCCAUUCACCUGCUUAGGCCUGACUUAAUCUAGUAGGUGCAAGGGCCCACAAAAAUGUUUUUUAAAAAAAUCAGAUAAAAAAUGAAUGGAAUACAGUUUCUUAGCCCAAAAAGAAAAUAAGCACUGUUGCUCUGCAAAUUUCUUUUAUUUUUUCCUUUUUCUCCCAGUUUUGAAACAAAACCAUCUUAUUGGCAGAUUGUCGUGGUUUGCUCCCACCCUGAUUAAGAAACUUAUCAGCACAGGCAAGUUGCAAAUAUACACAUUUAGUAUCACCUAUUUUUUGGGGUGGUGCAAUAUAAUUUUGAAAAUUUUCGUGUAUACCCCUAUAUUUAUUUCUAACAGUUCCCCUGAUUGGUAAAAUUGUCCCAGAUGAAGAAACAGGUUCAGAGAAAGAAGGGGGCUGAUUUGCUUGCACUAUCAGAGCUGCGGUCUAGGCCUGCUUGGUGGGGUCAUGUGAACUGGCAGUUUCCAGUGUGGUGUGUUCUUCUUCUGGAAAUAUAAAUACCUUGAGUGAGACUGUUUUAGGGGAGAAGCUCCUUCUUGAGCUACUCUGGUAAUCAGCAGGGUGAGCUACCCAAAGUGACCACCUCAAUUAUUUUUAAAAACACUUGUUUUUCUACAAACUUACUUUUCCACUUAAAACUAAACUUGAUUUGACAACUCAGAAAUUGGUAAUGCCCAAAUUUCUAUUCUGCUUAAGAAUGGUUUGAAUUCAAAGUAUUGUCAAUUAAAUUAGAAUAACCACUCUCCAUUUCCUAGACCAAAAUAUACUCCACCCCCCUUUCUACCUUCCAGAACUUUCAUCCGUGUGUACGGAACCACUUUCUAUCCUCAACUGUCUCUGGAGGACAGGACAGGGGUUUGACAGUUUAAACACAUUCACAUAGGUAUUUGCCAUCGGGACAGUGGUUAUUCUGUAGGAGGAAGCAUGUGACAAAACUUGCUAAGAAUCCUCUAGUCUCCCUCCAGCGUUUUUAUGUAAAUGAGACCUGAAACAAAGUUCACCUGUAAUAGGGAUUUUUUUUAAAAUCCGAGGGAAAUUUACAUGACUAUCUAAUUCUGUUCCUUAAAAAAAAAAAAAAAAUGAUGGAACAGUUCUACUCAUUCGUUUAUUUGGGAAUGCUAGAUGCUCCAACAUUGACUUUUUGGGCCGCAGUUCCAAAUUUCAAGCCUCAAAAACAGUAACCUCUCAAAUACACAGUUUAAACAUAGAUCAGCAGUAUGCUAGCUAAAGCAGAGACUAGGAUUGUAAACUACUUUUCCUGUUACUCUCCUGCUACUAAUCCUAGUCACCUCAUAUAAUGUUAUGGACUUCCUCCUAGGGCUGGAAUCUCUAAAGUUUACACCAAACAGCUCACCUGCCAUGUCAAUUUACUCACACAAGUUUCAAAACCUAGUGGGAAGACAACGUAAGACAUACCAUUUAAGUUACCUGCCACUUUAUCAGUGAAGAACUCAGAAUAUUUCUACCAAAAUGUUUAACUGCUAAACUAUCUCAGCUGGAUUUUAGUCAUUAGAAGGCACUUCUCUUACCAACAUGUUUAUUACUGUUGGAAGUAUUACUACCAGUAUCUCCCAGUUACUGUGGUAAUUUUCUGCAAUUCAAGUAUCACUCUAGUUACAGACUGUCUUGGGUAGGGGUGAUAUUUGUCAGAUCAUUUGAUCUCAAUGCCUUUGAAAAGCAGAUUAUAAAUGAAACCAAAGCUAUGAAUUUUCUUAUAGUAAAUGUGAAUACUACCUUCAGGAAGAACAGUUUACCUGGUUUCAGAACCUAGGUCUUGGAAAUAUUAGACGUUAAGUAUUAGAUAUUAAAGUUGAUCCCUCUUAAUCCGUGGGUUUUAACUACCAUGAUGUUACUGGAUGCUAUUUUCUUCUUACUGAAGAGUAAGCUGGCUUCUAUUUCUGCAAAGGCCAUUAUCCUACCUAAC